GCGUGGCUUCCGGCGUCCCGCGCCUGCGAGUCGGGGCAGCUGGGUCUAGCGGAGGCGGCGGCUGACAGGCGUUCUUCCCGGGACUGUGGCGGCUGGUGCCCAGGCGAACCAGCGGCCCCCAGCUCGCGGCCCCGCGAGGCUCCAGGGCCGCACCGGGGAAUGGACGAGGGGAAGAUGGACGAGAAUGAAUGGAGGUACCACGGUGAAGGCAACAAGAGCCUAGUGGUGGCCCAUGAGCAGCGCUGUGUGGUGCUUCGUUUCCUGAAGUUUCCUCCAAAUAGGAAGAAGACUUCAGAAGAAAUAUUCCAGCACCUACAGAAUAUAGUGGACUUUGGCAAAAAUGUCAUGAAAGAGUUUUUGGGUGAGAACUAUGUUCAUUGUGGGGAAGUUGUUCAGCUGCCUUUAGAUUUUGUGAAACAGCUUUGUUUAAAGAUACAGUGUGAAAGGCCAGAAUCACGCUGUGACAAGGACCUGGACACUCUCAGUGGCUAUGCUCUGUGCCUUCCCAAUUUAGCCAGGCUUCAGACCUACCAUUUUGCAGAGCACCGGCCGAUCCUGUGUGUAGAGAUCAAGCCAAAAUGUGGGUUUAUCCCUUUCUCCAGUGAAGUUACGCAUGAGAUGAAGCAUAAGGUGUGUCGUUACUGCAUGCACCAGCACCUCAAGGUGGCAACUGGGAAGUGGAAGCAGAUAAGUAAAUACUGUCCCCUUGAUCUCUACUCAGGAAAUAAACAGAGAAUGUACUUUGCUUUGAAAAGCUUGUUACAAGAGGCACAGAACAACUUAAAGAUAUUUAAGAAUGGCGAGCUGAUUUACGGCUGCAAGGACGCCCGUGGCCCCGUGGCUGACUGGAGCGAGCUCGCACACCAUCUGAAGCCCUUCUUCUUCCCAUCCAAUGGCCUGGCUGGUGGGCCCCACUGCACACGGGCCGUGAUCCGGGAGCUGGUGCGCGUCAUCACACGAGUGCUGCUGAGUGGCUCAGACAAGGGCUGGGCGGGUGCCCUCAGGUCGGGGCCUGGGCUUCGGGGCCCAGCCGUCUGCGAAGCCAGCCCUUUCAGCAGGAGUCCCCGCUGCCAAGGAAAAAGCACCCCGGAGCGCUCAGGGUUACCGAAGGGCUGUCUUCUGUACAAAACCCUCCAGGUGCAGAUGUUGGACCUGCUGGACAUUGAAGGACUCUACCCUCUGUAUCGGCGGGUUGAGCGGUACCUGGAGGAGUUUCCUGAGGAGAGAAAAGCAUUGCAAAUAGAUGGGCCUUAUGAUGAAGCAUUUUACCAGCGGCUGCUUGAUCUCUCCACCGAGGAUGAUGGCACAGUGGCCUUUGCACUGACAAAGGUGCAGCAGUACCGGGUCGCCAUGACUGCAAAGGACUGCUCCAUCAUGAUUGCGCUCUCCCCGUGUCUGCAGGAUGCCAGCUCCGAUCAAAGACCCAUUGUCCCUUCAUCGAGAUCCAGGUUUGCCUUCUCUGUGUCUGUGCUGGACCUUGACCUCAAGCCCUACGAGAGCAUCCCUCAUCAGUAUAAACUGGAUGGCAAGAUAGUCAAUUACUAUUCAAAGACUGUACAUGCCAAAGAUGCCACCCUGAUGUCAACCAGGUUCAAGGAAAGCGAAGAUUGCACAUUAGUUCUCCAUAAGGUCUAACCUUUUUUCCUGUAGUGUCUUUGAAACUUGAACAUAGAAUGUGAAGGUUGAAUGAUAGAGCUAUUUCCUGUUGUGUUGGGUGACUUUUGGCUGUGAAUGUUCUUGCUUUUCAACCCCUGUUCAGGCAGGACUGCCUUUGGGAGACACAGAAUGGAAGAGCACUAGGAACAUCUUCCGGGACGAGGAAUGUUGGGCAUGAGCCCAGCAGUGUGCUGUGUUCCAGGAGGCCUCCCUGGGCAGGUCUCCCUUCCCACCCAGUGCUCACGUCUCAUCUCUAAAAAGCCUUAUUCUAAGACCCAAGGUUUGGAUCUCCUACCACCGGAAUCCUAAUAGAGAAAACUUGAAUUGUCACAUACACCUUACAGUUGGGACUUCUAAGAAAACACGGAUACUACUGGAACUUUCCCAGCUGAGUCACCUGGUCACUUUUCUGACGCAAACCACAUGGCAGCGCAGGUUUAGUGGUUCCUUGCUGGGGAGAGCAGUGAGUUGUUGGCUUGGACAUUGGUGCUGAGCAGCAGGCUCAGGGUCCUGUGGACGUGCCCCACGCCUGCCCUGCACAGGGUCGGCAGGGAGUGUGGGACUCAGGGCAAGGGUAGACACCACUUGUGUGAGCACUGACUUUCUCUUUUGUGCGGAAUGAUUUUGUCUUUAAGUUUAGGGGAGACAGUGUUCUUUCCCACCUGAAACUGCUGCUGUGGAAGCUGGAAGCAGAGCUGCUGUGCCCAUGGUGGGUGUCGUGGCUGUGCUCCUGCCAGCUCUGUGUUUCUGGCGUUUUGGGUGUUGUGAAACCUCAGCUACUUCUGCCAGAGCCGGCAUCGAGUUUUCCCUCCUCCCCAUACCGGUUCCUCCCUCGGGUUUCACUGAGAGGCGUGGUGUUAAUGGCCUCAAGUCGUGCCAGGCCACUUCCCCAUCAGGGCUGCCUAAGGCCCUGCUUCCAGAUGAGCAACUCCUGGCUGGCACCAAGAGGUUCUUGUUGGGGUCACCAAAAGCAUGCCCAGCUGCUAUGAAAACUGUUGGGGAUCUUAGUUUUUUAUUUUAUGGUAGGUUGUAUAGAUUAUUUAUAUCAUCGUUUUGAGGGACUAAUGAAGGCUUAUUGUAAUAUAAUAUUAUUAGUGAAACCAUGGAAUUGUAUGAAAAUACUACACAAAAAAACAAGACUAUUUUGCUGAUUGUAAAUUUUUGUGGAGAAUUUUGUGAUAAAUUGAGAAUUACGCUUAUUUGAAUCAA